GCCAGUUAAAAUUAGGGUUUAGAAAUAGACUCUCUAACACCAACAGCGUCCUGUGAAUCUCUUUCGAAUUAAAAGUUUUGAACGGUUUUGCAAAAAACAUGUUCUGUCUUAGCGAGCUGGAAGAUACAGUAAGAGUGCCACCGUCUGACCUUAACCUCCCCCUCGAAGUUGCCAUUAAGAAAGCGCUUCAAAAGCUCUUCUUGGACAAGGUUUUGUCGAUUGGCCUUUGCGUAUCAAUCUACGGCAUUAAAUCAAUCGAAGGAGGGUUCGUCUUACCCGGUGAUGGUGCUGCCACCUAUAAGGUAGUUUUUAGAAUUGUAGUGUUUCGUCCAUUUGUUGGUGAGGUCAUUGCUGCUAAGUUCAAAGAAUCUGAUUCCAAUGGCUUGCGCUUAACACUUGGAUUCUUUGAAGAUGUUUAUGUGCCUGCUCCACUUAUACCGACACCUAACCGCUGUGAGCCUGACCCUUACAAUAGGAAUCAGAUGAGAUGGGUGUGGAAAUAUGGAGAUGACGAGUUUAUCAUCGACGAUUCAUGUCAGAUCAAGUUUCGAGUUGAGAACAUCAGCUAUCCACCUGUUCCAACUGAGCGAGCAGAAGACGCAAAGCCUUUUGCUCCUAUGGUGGUCACUGGGACUAUAGAUGACGAUGGUUUGGGCCCUGUUUCUUGGUGGGAGGCUUGUGCCCCGAUUAGUGAUGCUGAAGAUUGAGAGACCUGAGCAAGACUUCCAUCUCCAAAUUGAAGACUUUUAGAAUUUUGUUUAGUUGGGAAUGCCUAAGCCUUUUGUAGCAAUGAUACAGAUUAGAAAAAAAAAAAAGAAUAAUAAAAAGAAAGUUUGAUUGAA